CACCCUCAUGUCGACCACUGCAGCUGCUGGACUCCCCCCCGUGCGCCGCAUUAUCACAGGCCACACGUCAGAUGGCAAGGCAGUCUUUGCCGAUGAUGCGCCCGCCAGCUCUUAUCCAUUCGCGGGAUCGACGACCGUGUUCACGGACCUAUACCGGUCAGACGGCUUCCCAGCGAGCAAUGAUGGGGGAUUCGAGGAUGCUGUCAAGCAUCGCGAUAACGGACUUGUGAACCCCAAUGGGAGUGUCUUCCGCGCCGUUGAUGUCCCUCCACGCACGGAAUCGGUCCUUCACCGUACGGUCACACUUGACUACGGCAUCCUCAUGAACGGGACCCUUACCCUGGUGCUCGACGACAACAAACGCGCUAUCCUGAAGCCCGGUGACGUCGUCGUCCAGCGUGGAACGAUCCACGCCUGGGUCAACGAAACAGACGAGUGGGCGCGGGCGUAUUUCGUCCUACUCCCGACGAACAAAGUGAAGGCUGGAGAGAAGGAACUCGGCAUGGAGUUUAAGCCUUUACCUGAAGAGUGGAAAGCUACCGUUGCGUAGCGUCUUAAUUGUUUAAUAGCCGUUCGUGGCGAUCCAUGAGCGCAUACCUUUUCUUAGGAUGUAGACUCGCCAUCCAAGUUUCAAGUCCGGUCGUUGCGCUCCUUGAAGCCGUAUGCAUCUUGCAUAUCGUUCGGCUGAGGGUAGUCUAAUUGCGGCAGAAAUGUAGCCUAAAUGAUGUCGAUAUGUGUGGCGAAAUGGACAGCGAGCAUUGUGGCGCUGAUGCGCCAAU